UUCCUGCAACUUUGCUAUCCAAGCUAAGGCUGCUCUUCAAGUACCAUUGGCAAUGAGUCUCUCUGGGUUCUACAAUUCCCCACCACCAUGGCAUGCUUCUGUGAUGAAACUGACCCGGCAGAGUACCUAAGACAGUCUUUAAACUACAUUACCCAGAAGCCUUAAGAGAGUUGGGAUCCUAAGAAGCCAAUCAGAGCAGGCGAAAGCCAUUCCCUUCUCUCCCCCUUUCCAUUCUUCUUCGGUCUGCUCCUCGAGCCGUCCACACACACAUGAAACUACGUUGCCCAUCGUGCCCUCGGGCUUCAAGCCACGCCCCCUGGAGACCGACAAUCGAUGUGAUGCCCCGCAGGCAGCUUGGAGACGGGAUUUGUGAAGGGACCGAAGCUCUGCUGGCUGGGGCCCACAGGUGAAGAGAGACCGGGGUCCGGAUCUACGGAUGUUUCAGGAGUAUCGCCAUCGGAGGGCCGCGGGCCCAGCAGGACUUAACCACAUGCCCUUUGACCCUGGCAACAGCAAGCCCCUGCCACUCAACAGCAGGGACAGCCCUGCUGAAAAUGGAAGUGAGGCAAGCCAGAAACGGAAGAGGAUAAAUAUGCCUACAGAGACCAUCCCAAAUCUGAGUCUUGAGUCUCCUCCUAUGGAUUUGGGCAUGUCUGACCCAACAGCAUGGGCCACUGCAAUGAAUAACUUGGGGAUGGCAUCGAUGGGAAUAACAGGAGAUCCUCUUUUGCCUGACUUUGACGCUGCCCUUGGAAUGAUGACAGGGAUCCCGCCAAUCAGUCCCAUGAUACCUGGCUUGGAGAUAGUGCCGCCACCACCAGUAGUUAAGGAGAUCAUUCACUGCAAAAGUUGCACGCUCUUCCCACCUAACCCAAAUCUCCUUCCUCCCGCUACAAGGGAAAGACCUCCAGGAUGCAAGACGGUAUUUGUUGGAGGACUGCCGGAAAAUGCAACCGAAGAGACCAUUGUGGAGAUUUUUGGGCAGUGCGGAGAGAUCUUAGCCCUUCGGAAGAGUAAAAAGCAUUUCUGCCAUAUCCGUUUUGCUGAGGAAUAUAUGGUGGACAAGGCUAUAUAUCUGUCUGGUUAUCGCAUCAGGCUGGGCUCCAGCAAUGAUAAAAAGGACACGGGGCGCCUACAUGUGGAUUUCGCUCAAGCCCGGGACGACCUCUACGAGUGGGAAUGCAAGCAGCGGAUGCUGGCCCGAGAGGAGCGCCAUCGCAGGAGGAUGGUGGAAAAACAGUUCCAUCCUCCCUCCCCACCCCCUGUUGUCCACUAUUCAUAUUAUGAAUGCAGUAUUGUUGCUGAGAAGCUAAAAGAUGAUUCCAAGUUUUUGGAAGCGGUGCAGACGUUGCUGACCUGGAUAGAGCGUGGGGAAGUGAACAGACAGACAGCAAACAGCUUUUACUCCAUGAUCCAGUCAGUCAACAGCCACAUCCGCUGUCUUAUAAAUGAAAAAGCAUCCCACGAAAAGGAAAUGGAGGAAGCGAAGGAGAAGUUCAAGUUUGCACUCUCAGGGAUUCUUGCUCAGUUCGAGCAGAUAGUGGCUGUGUACCAUUCUGCAUCCAAACAAAAGGCUUGGGACCAUUUCACGAAAGCACAACGUAAGAACAUCACCGUAUGGUGCAAGCAAGCUGAGGAAAUCCGUAACAUUCAGAAUGAUGAGCUGAUGGGCAUCCGACGAGAAGAGGAGAUGGAGAUGUCUGACGAUGACACAGAGCCACCAGACACCAAAGAGAUGGAAGAGUCAGCUUUAAUAUCUCAGACAGAAGCUCUGAAGGAAGAAAAUGACAGCUUGCGAUGUCAGCUUGAUGCCUACAGGAAUGAGGUGGAUCUCUUGAAGCAAGAGCAGGGCAAACCGGACCGAGAUGAAGACCCAAGCAAAGACCAGCAAUUAAAGCUCCUCCAACAAGCUUUGCACGGCAUGCAGCAGCAUCUCCUGAAACUCCAAGAUGACUGUGAAAGAAGAGAUGCUGAACUGGAAAAAGCAAAGCGAGAAAAAGCACAGCUCGACACAUUGCUUGAAAGCCUAAAAGAAAAGCAAGAGCAGGCAGCUGGACCAGAUUGGGGGAAAGACUCCGCCAAUCAUCAAGACCAUGCUAGCAACUUGUCGCCAGUCUGCUCAGUGAGCCAGGAGAAGGAGAGCAGUCUCGAGGCAGGACUCAGCAGCAGCCCUAUCAAAUCGGAGAGGGAAGCUUUACUAGUGGGGAUAAUCUCAACUUUCCUACAUGUUCACCCUUUUGGAGCAAGCAUUGAAUACAUCUGUUCCUACCUCCAGCGCCUUGAUAGUAAGAUUUGUGCUAGCGAAGUGGAAGCCCUCAUGACGCGACUUCAGCACACUUUCAAGCAGGAGAUGAGUGGUGUUGGGGCUAGCCUGGAAAAAAGAUGGAAAUUUUGUGGCUUUGAGGGACUAAAGAUGGCAACAUGAACUUGAACCUAGUAGCACUUUGGACAGUGGCACUCAUCCAGGAUGUUCAGGUUGCAAAAGCCUGUAUUCUGCACAGAUAUGGAUUCUUCUCUGGCAGAGCCAGUGGCUUGCCUUGCAGUCCUCAAACAGCAUCAAGAAAACUGGGGCCAAUUGUUAAGGGCUGUAAUAUUCCUGAUGUAUUUUGUUGUUGUUUUUUAUGGGUUUUUUUGAUAACAAACUGAGUCCUUUUGCAAAAGUCAGUCCUAACACUACUGUUUGGUUCUUUGAUACUUUUUACAAAAUACUGUUGGCUAAAAACAUUUUAAGAGCUUGUUUGUACAUAGUGAGAGCCAGUGUGGCGUAGUGGUUAAGGUGUUGGACUGCGACCUGGGAGACCAGGGUUCGAAUCCCUACACAGCCAUGAAGCUCACUGGGUGACCUUGGGCCAGUCACUGCCUCUCAGCCUCAGAGGGAGGCAAUGGUAAAUCCCCUCUGAAUGCCGCUUACCGUGAAAACCCUAUUCAUAGGGUCACCAUGAGUCAGGAUCGACUUGAAGGCAGUCCAUUUCCAUUUUUUUGUACAUAGUACUCUCAAACCCCUGUUGACCUUCAAAAUGUUUUUACUUUUGAAAGCAAAACAGAAUAUUGAGAAAACCACACAAGAAAGACCUUUUUCUGGCUUCUAGAA